CAGAUCCCACAGUAGGUUCACAAACUCGUCGGCGAAAUGACGUCUCCGUUUGACGGUGCUGCCUGCUUCUGGCUGGCGAUAAUCUGGCUCCAGCUGGGUCUCAUCAACGCGGGUCUGGAUUUCCUAAGGGCCUGCGUACCGCUGCCCCUGGUGCGACUGAGGGAGAUCGAGGACGAGGAGCGGGAUAUCGAGGGCGAGUGCACGUUGGGAGCCAUCAGCGUUCGAAUGUUCGCCUUCUGAAGAAUGGAUUACCAUCAUCUUUAGAAUUAACGUACCUAUCAGAUAUUAAAUUGUAUGAAUAAUAGUAUUCUAAAUAAAACAUACAUCAAUAUAAGUUUUAUAAAACCAAA